AUGAGAAGUGAUGUUGAUUUAACUAAUGGUGCAUUUCUUUACCCAACACGUAAAUUGUUAUUGAAGCAACUUCUAAAAGAUAUUACACACAAGUAUUGCAAGUCCAUUAUAUUAAGUUGGGAGGAUGAGAGCAAUUUAGAAACAUCAUUGGAAGGUGUGCAAUUUCCUUCUUUUGUUAUCAAAGUAGACAAAUUUAAAUUUCAUAUUAUACUGUUAGGAAUUUCUAAAGAUGCUGAUAUAAAUGAAAAUCAAAGUACAAUUAUUGAGUUGAAUAUAGCUUUAAAAAACCUUUAUCCUACAGGACAUGUGUUUAAUCGACGUGAAAUAGAGACAUGGCGAGCAAUGUUGAAUGCCACUGGGCGUACAAAGAUGUCACCUUUUGAAAGAAAUCAUUCAAAGGUUGAUAAUGAUAGUAGUAAUGUCGAAUUAGCAGUUCUUUUGCAAGAAGCAAUUGAUAAUGAAAUUAUAGAAAAUCAAUAUAUUAAACAGCUUCUGAAAGAAGGUAAAGAGAUAUUCAAGUGUGUUUAUGAAAGUGAGGAAUUGUUGAAUGUAAGUUUUGGAUGUGGUAAUGGGUAUGACAGUAGUGCAAGUAGUGAUGUAAGUAGUGAUGAGGGAGGUGAUGAUAAUGAUAAAAUAGUUAAAAAAUUUUUUAAAAAAUUCUUCAAGAAAGUUCCUAAAAGGAAAAAGUCCUCAACUAGUAUUAAUAGUAUUAAAAGUAAUAGUAGUAACAAAAGUAGCAAUUGCAGUAUUUAUAGUAAUAAUAGUAAUGACGGUGACGGUAAAUUCAGUAGUAAAUAUAGCAGUAAUACCAGUUACAAUAGUAGUGGUAGUAGUCGAAGCACACAACAAAAAUAUGUAUCACAUAAACUUGCACUUCAUAAAAGCACGAGAUUAAACAAACAUAUUCCUGAGAAUGUGAGUGAUUUUACUUUACAAUAUAAUUUUGAGAUCAGAGCAAGUCUUGAAGAACAUGUUAGGCAACUUCAUCAUGGUGAGAAUACCAAUGAAAAUAAGAUUGUCUUGGAAGAAUAUCAAG